AUGAGGACCUCUUCCGAAACUUCUGUUCAAUACCCAACACAACAGAGAGACUCAGUCAUUAUUCCAACUGACGUCCCUCGAUUCAGUGUCAAUUCGAAUCUCAUGAACUACUCUAUACCCAAAAACGACCACACCCUCACAAAAAAAAACUCCUCUAGUUCACCACUGCGGGAAAACAAUAGCAAACGAGAAAUUCAAAGGGGAAAUUCAGACACACGCACAAGGCAACUGGAAGCACAGAUAGAACAAUUGACUUUACAAAACGUGAAAUUACAAAGAACAAAUCGAUUACUAAAAGUAGACACCGACAAUCUCAUCGAACAAAAGACAAGUCCCUUGCAAAAGACAAUACAAGAAUUAACCGUCUCCAAUGUGAGACUUCAAAGAGCUCUCAAACUAUUACAGCAAGAGUUGGAUGAAAAGACACUUAAACUAAACCAAUUUAAUCAUAACCAAAUACUUCAAAUGAAAUCCGUGGGCCCAGAAUAUGAAUUUCUGGUGCAGAAUAUAAAUCUACUUCAAAGACAGAUCGCCGGGCAUCCUACCUGUGAUGAUACUUGCUGUUUUACUAUGCAGCCAAUUGAUCAAUCCACCAUGGUCAUGACACUGCCUUCACCCGAUAACGAAGAGGAUGAAGAAGUGGAAGCUCAACAUAUCUGUAGACCUGUCAUCCAUUCCACCAUCUCUCAAGGAUCAUAUGCUAUCGAGCUUGAAAAUAAAAUCGGCCGCUUAGAGGACUUAAUAGACGAAUUAGAUGAAGAAAAGGAACAGAUUAAACGUCAGCAUGGAUAUAAAGAUAAUGACGUUGAAACCUUGAAGAAGGAAUUGAGAAUCAAGGAUGAAAUCGUGUCCCAAUUAGAACAGGAUUUUAUGGGGUUAGAAGAUCAAAUUGAACAUCUGCAAAAGGAACUUCAAGAUCAAACCAUGUUUCCACAUAGUAGUAGUCACAAUAGCAUCAAUCGAUUAUUAACACCACCACCACCCACCAUCCAAAGAGACCCAAAGAGACAAUCACAGAUGUUGAUGGAUUCCAAACGUAGAUCAUUAGCUAUAAAGGAUACCGAUUUACUGGAACAAAUGCUUCGAGGCGAUUUAGAGGGAUUUGAACACUAUCAUCCAUCCGAAGGAGAGGAAGAAGAAGAAUCCGAAGACGAUGUUAGUAAAUUAGGCGAUUCCACACGAUCAGCAAGCCCCACAACCAUCACCAUCGAAGAAAUCGUGAACGACGAAAAUCAUAAAAAAGGUACGACAACACCAUGUUGCUUAAAAUGCAAUGGACUACCUUGCACCUUCCCAUGCAGUCACUCAUUAAACCCUACCUACAGUAAAAAAGACGACCCAUUUGCGUUAUUUACGAGUGUUACCAUAGUAUUAGGCAUUGCUUCACAAUUUGGAAUCACAGACGAUUGGACCGUGCCUAUCACUUUAGCCACUUUAGAAGAAUACGAUACCGAGGUUGUUGUCAACACCAAGCCUAAAAUGUCCUGGGAUGAAGAGGAGAGUGACGAUAACAGUAACAAUGUCAAGGAAGAUUGGGAUGAUUCCGACGACGAUGAGGAAACUAAGCCUGAAGUAAAGAAGGAAGUCGAGACCGUUGCUACACCUGCCAAGAAGAACUUGACUUUGAAGCAAAAAAUUGCUGAAAAGGAAGCAAUUUUGAAGGAACAAAAGGCAAAGAAAAUUGCCUUGGCCCAGAAAUUUAUGGAAGGUGAAACCGAGGAAGAGAGAUUUGAAAAGGCUCAAAAGGAAGCCGGUGUUAAAAAGGCCGAAUUCUCUGAGCUCGAGGCUUCUGCACCUGCCAAGGUACCCGCAAAGCCUGUGGAAUCAAUUAAGCCUAGAACGCGUGCUGAUUUUAUUGAACUCCAAAAGUUGUUGAUUCCCAUGAUCCUCGAACAAAAGGGUAACCCUGCUUAUGCCACUUUCAUUGAUCAAUUAGCAAAGGAUGUCGCUGCACCCAUGAAGGAUAUGGAUGUCCGUAAGGCUGCAUCCAGUUUAACAGCUCUUGCAAACGAUAAGCAACGUCAACAAAAGGAAGCUCUUAAAAACAGCAAAAAGACCAAGGGCAAGGCUCAACCCGCCGCCGCUGCCAAGCCUGCUCAAACUAGAGAGUACUCAACUACUUAUGAUGAUUUCGAUGAUUUCAUGUAA